UUUACGACUUUUUUACGACAAAAUGUUCUUACUUUUCUCUGUUUACGUCCUAGACCUGUUCAACACAUAUAUCCCUAAUCUUUGUCGUGGAUCAAUGUUAUUACUUUGUUAAACCUAAAAUGUCUAAACUACAUUCGUUGAAUGCGUUUCUUACUGCCCGAUUAACUGCGGCGGCUGUGGAUAUAUUCGGGGCAGUGGAGAAGACUAUAACAGCGUACCAGGAAGAAGUCUCCAGAUCAAAAGUGGAGAACGACCAUCUACGGAGGCUGUUGCUAGAUUUCGGUUUCAAACCUGAUAGAGAAUCACAAAUACCAGACCCCCAGCAGCUCACUGUCUCUGUCUCUGGAGAGGAGGUUCCCUCUAAGCAGGAGUGGAGUGAUCAAGAGGACACAGAGACCAUAUUCAUUCCCCCCUGUGUGGAAAGUGCCAGUGAUCAGGACUCACCCCAGAGCUCAUACCUUUACCAAAUUGGGAAGAACAGCAAGAGGGACUCUCUUCCCACCAACUCAACAGAACCGAUCAAAACCAAUCAUGAUGGAGAGGACUACGGGGCAUCAGAAUCAACCAGUAACUCUCAGACCAUGUCAAAGUCAAAACAUACACAGGCAAAGAAAGGACAAAGUCCUCUUGACACUGGGAUAACCAGUGAGCUGAGAGCACCAAUGGUGGCUCACACAGGUGAUAGACCAUACAAGUGCCCUGUGUGCAGGAAAAGGUUUACUAAUAACAACCAUUUAAAAACACAUCAGAGAAUUCACACAGGGGAGAGGCCACAUUGGUGCAAAGAAUGUGGUAAGUGCUUCAGCCGCAAGGGGGAUCUGGGAACACACAUGAGGACUCACACAGGAGAGAAACCGUACCAGUGCAGCGUUUGUGGCAAAAGCUUCAGGCGAAACCGACUGAAUGAGCAUAUGAGGGUACACACAGGGGAAAGACCCUAUCGGUGUGCCGACUGUGAGAAGGGCUUUAUUUCAGUAAGUGACCUAAAACGCCACCAGCGCAUUCACACGGGAGAAAAGCCUUUUAGGUGUGACAGUUGCGGAAAAUGCUUCAGUCAGAUGACAACCUUGAAGAAACAUAUGAGGACUGUUCAUAAGAAGGUUCAAUUGCAGAGCAGUGAGGAAAGCCCAGAUCCCUGCUAGCAUUAGGGACUCCUGUUCAUUUAUGUGAUAAUGACAAACAGCACAGGACAUAUCUUAUGUUAACCAUGGUACCAUCUGCGUGUGCCUUAGACAAUUUCUCUGACUAUCGCUGUCAUUCAUUCAUGCAAUUUUGUGUGUUGUAAAUCUCUUCUACAGAACAGUUGCUUUCUUUCAGGACACUGCUCUAACACCAAGAUCUACCAGAUGACAAUCAUCAUGUAUUGUUGUUACUUGACAUUAAAGUGGAUAUACUGGGGGCUUUCAAA